AUGGGUAAACACGAAGUAGGAACACCAAAAUACAUUGCCAACAAAAUAAAAUCUAAAGGACUCCAAAAGCUACGGUGGUAUUGUCAAAUGUGUCAAAAACAGUGUCGAGAUGAAAACGGGUUUAAAUGUCAUACAAUGUCAGAAUCUCAUCACCGUCAAUUACUUUUAUUUUCCGAUAAUGCAAGUAAAUACAUGGACCAAUUUUCUCGUGAAUUUUCUGAUGGUUUUUUGAAUCUAUUGAAGCGUCAGUUCGGUACCCGGAGAGUUCUGUCAAACCGUGUGUACCAAGAUUACAUCACAGAUCGUCAACAUAUGCACAUGAAUGCGACUCAGUGGUUAAGUUUGACGGCUUAUGUCAAAUGGCUAGGUCGCACAGGAAAAUGUGUCGUUGAUGAGACAGAGAAAGGCUGGUACAUCACCUACAUAGAUCGGGAUCCGGAAACUCUGGCUGCUGAGGAGAAGAAAGCUAAGAAACAAAAAAUGGAUAAGGAUGACCAGGAAAGGCUGAUGGAUUUCAUAGAGAAACAAGUGGAGAAAGGCAAAAAAGAAGAAAAUAAUGAGACUGAAGAAAUUACGCCGCUCAUACGCUCUGAAGAAGAUGGUCCUUUGGUACUGGAUAUUAAGCUAAAACCUAAACCUUCUUUGCUGAUGGGGCCGCCUUUAGGGUUACCCAAAAAGUCAGUUUUAAAAAUUAAAAAUGAACCUGAAGACUCUGAUAAUAUUAGUAUCAGUGAUUGGAAUGGAAAUAAUCGCUCCCGGGAACCUAGUGAGUGCAGAUCGACCAUAAGCUGCAAGAGAAAAUUUGAAAAAGACGAAGAUUCUAGUCAGGUUAAGGAUGCUCCAAACAUACCGUCAACAUCUCAAGGCUGGUUACAAGAAAAUUUAGUGGUAAAAAUAAUAACCAAAAGUCUCGGGUCAAAGUAUUACAAAGCUAAAGGCGUAGUACAGAGUCCUGUGCUCGAGUCUGGAUUUGUUGGGAAGGUAAAAUUGACAUCUCCGGAAGAAGUUGAAGGACAUAUUAUUAAGUUGGAUCAAGAACAUCUGGAAACGGUGAUUCCUGCUAUAGGAAAACAAGUAUUAAUUAUUCAAGGAAAAUACCGCGGAUCUGUAGCUACGGUGGAGAAAGUGCGGGUUGAAGACUAUGCAGUCGACCUCAAUAUCAUUGAAAAUGAUAAAUAUGUUAAGAGAAUUCCUUAUGAAUCUAUAUGUAAAUUUAUAAAAAAAAAUUAA